GAAUGGGGAGGGACGUUACUACGUCAUCGUACGUCUUUCCAUAUGGAAGCUCCCCGAGUACUUUCACUUUAUUGGGAGCUGAAGCAAAAGAAUGAAGCUUUUAUUUAAUGUUUUUGUAGUUGUUUUGUGUUUACGCGGACACGGUGCUUCUGGUGUUGGUUCAGCGGGAGUGUCAGUGUCAGUGAUGGAGGGAGAUUCAGUCACUCUACACACUGGUGUUCAGACAAACCAACAAGAAGAUAUUAAAUGGUAUUUCAGCAACACUCGCAUCGCACAAAUCAGUGGAGAUCUCAGUUAUAAAUGUUCAGAUGUUCAGUGUAAUAAAGGUACUGAGAGAUUCAGAGACAGACUGAAGCUGGAUAAUCAGACUGGAUCUCUGACCAUCACAAACAUCACAAACACAGACUCUGGAGAAUAUAAACUAAAGAUCAUAAGCAGCAGCAGUGACAGUGAAAAGAUCUUCAGUGUUACUGUACAUGAGGUUCCUGCUGCUGAACGAGAUGAAGUGAAGGAGGGAGAAUCUGUCACUUUAGAUUCUGGUGUAAUAAAAAACCCAAAUGAUUCAAUGACAUGGUAUUUUAAUGAGAUUCUCAUCGCUGAAAUCACUGGAGAUCAGAGUAAGAUCUGUACAGAUGAUCAGUGUGAUGAGAGAUUCAGAGACAGACUGAAGCUGGAUCAUCAGACUGGAUCUCUGACCAUCAUAACCACCAGAAACACAGACUCUGGAGAAUAUAAACUACAGAUCAUCAUCAACAGCAGCAGCUUCAGCAUCAGCACAGUGAAGAGAUUCAAUGUUACUGUCACUGAUUCAGGUCUGUCUCCAGCUGCUGUAGCAGGAAUAGUUGUUGCUGUUCUGCUGGUGUUUGCUGCUGCUGCUGCUGUUACUGUGGUUUACUAUCGCCGCAGGAUCCAUACAGCAGUACCACAGACUGAGGAUGAUGAUGGUUACUCGCAACCUAAUCCGAAUGACAUUCCUCUGGAGAGGACACAUCCUUAAAUCAGCCUCAGGCCGAGACUGCUAGUAAAACAAUGUAACAUCAUUUAUAAUUUUGAUACUUUGAUCGAAAGGGACACUAAAGAGAAUUAAUAAGUGAUGGAGAAAAGAGGAUCAGCUGAAACACUCUUCAAGAGUGAUCCUAAGAUUUCAGUAGUCAGUACCAAUACCAGUAAAAAAAAAAAAAAAAACAGUGAAACACUUAUUAUAUAGCCUACCAAUUUAAAUAUGAAAUCAAAAACUGAUUUUUAGAUUUUAUUUAUUUUGUGAUUUUAGUAAAUUAAAAGUUAACAUUUAGUUUUAAACAGUAUAUGAGAAAUAAUAAGCAACAUGAUACCAGCAAUAUAUCAGCAAGUGCUUGAUUGUUUUUAAAGCUGCUAAAGUGACUCAGACAGAAACAGUGACACAUCAUCAUCUGUUUCAUGUAUUUUGCACUAUAUAAACAUAAUGCACUGAUCUGGCUUGAAAUAUCAAUCAUUAUAUCCACCUGUUAAUAUCCUCACAUAUAGAACUGACUGCAUUUACACUAAUACUGCACCAAGAUGGGCAUUACACUGGGAAAAAUGUUUUGUCUUGUUUUUCAUUACAUCAAAAAAUAAAUAAAUAAAUAAUUCUGCCAGUGGCGUCAGAAAAACUGAAUUCAAAAAGAAAACAAAUUUAUUUUUCUAUCCCAUUUGGCAGACAUUUCCCCUUAUUUUAAGCAUAAAAUAAUUUAAUUUUGAUGAUUUUGUUUUUUGACUUAACAUCUUUUUGAUUUUUGAUUCAGUUUUAAUUCUCAAAUUAACAUAUCUUGAUUUAAGAAUGUCACGAUAGGGUUGCAAAUACGGAAAAUCAAAAGGAACUCUUCAUAUACUCAGGAAACAAAAAAGAGGAAACAAAAACACUACGUAAUGAGAACAAAGGUGAACUGAAACACAGGCUGCAUAAAUACACAGGGAGAUUUUUUUUUUUUUUUUUAAUUUAUUUAUAAAGCACAUUUAAAAACAGCCACAAGACCGACCAAAGUGCUGUACAUUAAAAUCAAACCGUAAACACAUAAAACAGAAAGAAUAAGACAUACGAAUUUAAAACCAAAGAAAUGACAGAUAAACAAGACCAUGAUACAAUGAUAAUCAAAGAAACUGAACAGAAAUAAAGAAAUCAGCAUGAAUCAAAGAAACAAGGAACAGGUGUGACUGGAAUCAGUAACCAAGGCAACAAACACAGUAAAUAAACAGGCAGGAAAACUAGAACAAAUGAAACGUGCACAAAACAAAACAUAUCGCCUACAGAAUGUUUAGAUUUUUGUAGUGGAAAACAAGACAGAAAUACAAAGUAAGAAAAUCCAUUUUUGCAGUAAAUGACCACGAGUGCUCUUCAGGUCCGCACUACUGAUACUGUAGGUGUUUUUACUGGUAUUGUUGCUGUUACUGGAAAAGUCGGUUCUGUCAGGAUCACUAUUGUCAAAGAUGACUGACAGUUAGCAUACAGUUUGGACUGGCAUUAUGGUUCUGUUCUGGGCAAGAACUCCCCACCCAUCUAUACAAUAGCAUGGAUGAGAGCAGGGAGAGCAGCGAUAACACCCUUAAACAGAACAGAACCAACAUAAGGUAUUGCAAUAUCACUAAUGUUCUUAAUGACAAUAAUUUAAUGUAACAAAAUAACUGAAGAAAAUGAGUCUGAUUGAAGAAGAAAUAUCAGAAAGCCCAGUCCUGACUGGAUGAGAGGAGGAGCUGGGGAUGGAGGAGGGUAAUUAGCUCCUGAGCAACUCGAUAAAUGGACUUUAUGUAUGCUGUGAUAGGCGUCGUAUUCCUACAUUAGACGUGGAUCAGCUGAGAAUCAGAUGAUGCGAGCUUGACUGACAUGACCUGCCAGAACUAACACUACGCUUGAUUAUGUUGCUAAUGCUUAUGAAUCAACCACUAACACAAACCCUUGCUCAUCCAUCUUCAACAGAAAACACUGGAUGACCAACUUUGAAUAGCAUUACUUUUUAUAUGUACACCACAACUAAAACACUUGUGCAUUAAUUUACAUUAUAGCUGCAAGCAGCAAUUAUCGGAGUUCAAGACAAGUGCUUUAAGGCCUUUAUAGCAAUGCGUAAAAGUAUUGUUUUCUCUUUAGCAAGCAUGUAACCACUGACAUAGAGGGAAAAGAUCAUUUACAACCAAUACUGGCAAUUUAGAAUAUGUUUACAUGACAACGAUGUACUAAAAACAGAAGACAUUGUCAAAGCGAUAUUCUGAGAGAUGCAAGUUUGGUCUCAUUUUAAAGAAGACCCUUGGCAGAUCACUACUGAAGUGGCAAAAGUUUUUAAAAUGCAACAGAAAAGUUAAAAUGCCAGGAUGUCAAAACUUGUUCUGGAGGGCCAUUUUUCUGCUGAGGUCAGCUCCAACUUGCCGUUUAAUUGGGAUUGGAGUGAACUCAGUUUUAGAUUAUGAAAUUAAUUUCUAAACAUUUCUAAAGUUGAAUUCCAAGUUUGAUAGGUAGAUAUCUCAAUAAAUAAAUAAAUAAACAUGCCAAAUUUGAGAAUUUUGUGGAAAAUAAUUUCUAUUUUGAAGCCUUGCCAACAGAAUGAAAGCCUGUUAACAAAGACUGCGUCAUUUUAUAGUUAAAUGGCCCUGGGAUUAAAAGUGUUUUAUUGGGCUUCAAGGGGGGCAUUUUUUGUUUUUAAGGCUCUAUGUGUAACUAUUUUUGUGUUUAAAGUGUAAAAUAGAGUUAUUAAAGGAAGUAGUGGUGAAAUAGUCAAAUUUCAAUAAAAAUACACACUGCCAAAAUGUAUGCAGUCACAGUUCACUCUAAAAAAUGCUGGUUUAAAAACAACUCACGUUGGGUUGAAAAUGGACAAACCCAGCAAAUGGGUUAAGUGUUUGCCCAACCUGCUGGGUAGUUUUAUUUAACUUUAACUCAACUGUUGUUUAAAAACUGCUGUAUUGGUUGGUUAAAAUGAACCCAUGUUGGAAAACGAACAUAAUAAUGUUUAAUAAAUGAAAAUGAAGUUUAAUGAAUAAUAAGUAAACAAACAUUUAUUAAAUUGCUUAUUAAUAAAUGUUCUCAUUUUGAUCUCAUUUAACCCAACCACUGGGUUUGUCCAUUUUCAACCCAACUUGGGUUGUUUUUAACCCAGCAUUUUUUAGUGUUAACACAGGCAGAAUGGUCAAAAAAAGUGCAAAGGACUUUAAGGAUGCACAACUUCUGUUACAGCAGAAUUUCUACACGUGUAUAAACUCGUGUAUAUACUGGGCUAUUUCAACAGUUGGGUUAAAUUUUUUAAUUAAAUUUUUAACCCAACUCUUAUGUUUGUCCAUAUUUGACCCAAAUUUCGGUUGAAACAACCCAGCAUUUUUGAGAGUGUAUUUACUAUAAUAGUGAGACUGUUUUAAGUCUUCAUACAUUUGGAAGAUAUUUAUCUUCAUCGAACAAAACAUCUGUGACAUUUUAUGAUUAGUUCUUUUCAUGUUAUUUGUUGGUAUGUGAGGAGAUGAAGACUGUUGUGUCACCUGUCUUCCAUCUCACGUCUCUUUCAGUUCUGUUCAGCUGUGAUUGUCAUGUAUUGUUUUUAAUUAUUGUAUUUUGUUGAUUGUGUUUGAAAAUCAUCACUGUUUGAUGGCCUUUAAUAAAAACUCUGCUUUUAGCAGCA